AGCAGGGGCCGCGUUGCGCUGCGCAGCACCCGCGGCGAGCCGCAGACGCCGCACGAUGGGAUGGGAGUGCUGCGCUCGCCGCUCGCUCCUGUCGCCGCCACGGCUCCUUUCGCCUUUCCAGCGAGCAGCGUGACUUCUCUCUGCCGGCUCAAGCCCACCUCCGCCAUGGCCCUCCGGAGCCCGGGCGCCGCGGCGAAGGAGAGGUGCAACGCCACCCUUCCCGGCGAGGGCGAGUGCGGAUCCGUCUCGGUGGUCUUCCCGUUGACCAUGAUGAUCACCGGCAUAGUGGGCAACGGGCUGGCCAUGCUGCUGGUGUACAGAGCCUACCACAAGAAAGAGAACCAGCGGAAGAAGUCCUUCUUGCUCUGCAUAGGCUCGCUGGCCCUGACCGAUCUCUCCGGGCAGCUCCUGACCAGUCCGAUCGUCAUUGCCGUGUACCUGGCCAACAGAAACUGGCGGGCGGUUGACCCCUCGCUGCACCUGUGCACCUUCUUUGGAUUGAGCAUGACUGUCUUUGGCCUGUGCCCCCUCUUCAUUGCCAGUGCCAUGGCCAUUGAAAGGGCCUUGGCCAUUCGUGCGCCCCACUGGUACACUGGCCAUAUGAAGACCAGAUUGACCAAGUCUGUCCUCCUCAGCGUGUGGCUGGCCGUCUUUGCCUUUGCUCUCUUGCCCAUCCUUGGCAUUGGAAAGUAUACACUUCAGUGGCCAGGCACUUGGUGCUUCAUCAGCACGAAGGACCAAGAAGGUCCCAGGGUGGGCAAUGUCAUCUUUGCUUCAACCUUUGCUUUCUUGGGUCUCUUCUCCCUCACCAUCACCAUGGUGUGCAACAUAUCGACUAUUGUUGCUCUGGUGUGUCGGUGCCAGUCCCGGAGGCAGUGGGGUAGGAUCACCAUGGAGACCUUGAUCCAGCUCCUGGGCAUCAUGUGUGUCCUCUUUGCCUGCUGGUCUCCACUCUUGAUCAUGAUGUUGAAAGUGACCUUCAACCAUACCUCUGUGGAUCAAUGCAAAGAACCCUGCAACCAAACCCAAUGCACAGAACUACAGCCAGAGUGCAAUUUCUUCUUAACUGCUAUCCGCUUGGCUUCCCUGAAUCAGAUCUUGGACCCCUGGGUUUAUCUGCUGCUUAGGAAGAUCCUCCUGCAGAAGUUUUGUCAAGCAGCCAAUGCCAUCUCUUGCCACUCUCAGGAUGGAUGGAAAGAGCGGCACUUCAUGCUAUCAGACAAAAUCAGGCACACAGCAGCAUGAAGCAUCUUGCACGCCAGCGACUUUCCUCACAGCCUUGUUUACCUUACUGUGAAUGUGGAUAUCCAGCAUAUCCCCAAUUCUCUCUGUAAGUUAAUCACUGUCAGAGCAGUAUGGCAACGGAACCUACUACUUGAGGAAGUUGUGGGCUCUGGCUGGUUAGAAACACUCAAAAAGCAUUUGGACAGUCAUGUGGUGUAACUUAGUCUCCUGCAACAGCAGGGGUUUGACCUGAUGGCCUUCUGGCCCCUUCCAACUCUCUGAUUCUAAAUUAUAUAUAGUUUACUUAAACAGCAGAUGGUUACAAGAAAUGUAACCAUUUUGAGAGACAUUAUAAUUGUUUAAUUAUAAUGAGAUUAAAAUGCUAUAAAACA